AUGAGCGGUGGGACGCUGGCGCCGCGGCCUCCGAGGCGGGAGAAGGCCCCGGGUGGUAACCCCCGGCCGUCCGGUCGACUUAUUCGGGCCCACGCCCCCGGGCGUUCGCCGCGGGAGCCGCUGAGGGAGGGAGGCGGGAACGGGUCGGGGGAACGUCGCGCGUCCGGGGGUCCGCCAUCGUCCUCCUCGUCGUGGCAUCAGCGGUGGGCGGCGACCUCGAAGCGCCCGUCCCCGCCCAAGGCCGCGAGCCAUCUCGAACCCGACGACGACAAGGAGAACGACGACGAUCGCCGACCGGGAAAGAGUUCGGCGCUCGUCGACCGGGGGGCCCGCGCCGCCUUUGACUUCGUCGCGGCGGUGUCGAGCGACGCGCGAGCCUUCCUCGCGAGGCAAAAGCCCACUCGUCGGAGCUCCAGGGCCGUAUCCACCAGCCCGGAGUCGUCCUCGGACGCCGCACCCAGCCGCGGCGGCGGCCGAGGAACCAAGCGAUGGAACGGUUCGACGAUCCUCGACCCGAACGCCUGGCCGUGCGCAGCCCCGACGGACGGUAGGCUCCACGAAAACCUCGGUGAAAACAAGCCCGGAAAAAGAGACGACGGAUGCGCGAGACGAGGUGACGGACAAAGUAACGGACAAAGUAACGGAAAAAGUAACGGACGAAGAUCGCGCUCCACGCGCCUCACCCUCGUGGUCGCGGAGGCGAGACGCGCGUGGAGCGCGGACGCGGACCCGCGCGCGUGCGCCGCGGGCUUGGGGGAGACGGAACCCGCCACCGAUCGGGGAAUAAAAAACGUCAACCGCGAGGUAAACUCGCGAGAAAAAGACCCGGGAUCGCGUCCGACGGAUGGGCGCGCGGCGCCCGCGUGGGCGGUCGACCGCGCCGAGGCGUCGCACGAAUACAGGCGCAAGUCCAAGUCCGCGCACGCGGGCUCGAGGCACGCGAAGAGGCCCGAUUGGAACUCGGACGUUUCCACCGAACAGGCGGGUGCGCGACAGGGAACGCCGGUUCGGGGUUUGCGCCAACAAGUCGGCGAAUGGCGCGCCCGGUGCGAGGCUCUGGAAGUCGAGAACGAAUCGUUGAGAGAGGCGACCCGCGCGGCGUUGUCCGGCGCCGAGGCAUCGGAGGCGGAGGUCCGCGCCCUGAUCGCCAGGGUGAGCGCCCUGGAGGGCGAGCUCGAGAGGAGAAGAGGGAGGGCGAGGGACGCGUCGUCGUCGUCGCCGGCGCCGGCGGCCGUUUCUGGAAACGGCUCCGACUCGACGUCGCCGUUCUCCGGCGACUGGUCCCCGCCGCCGGUCCACGCGUCCCUCGCGGGUAGCUCGGUGGACGACAGCCCGCCGGCGCGCAUAGCCGGGUUCAUCGCCCGCGGCGGAGUGACUGGGAACGAGCGCGGAAACUUUGCGCUAUCCUCGGAGAAGGGCAGCCCGGGCAGCGCGGGAAGUAUCGUCGGGGAGUCGCACGGCGCCGUUCCUGAACCUCCGAGCCCCGUGCUCUUCGUCCUCGACGACGACGACGAGGAGGAGGAGGAGGAGGAGGAGGAGGGGGCGAUGUUCGCGGCGGAUGUUGACUCCGUCGUCGACGACCUCGUCGCAUUCGCCGUCGAAGGCGCCGCCGAAGCCUUCGCCGACGACGACCGUUACGACGACCGUUACGACGACCGUUACGACGACCGUUACGACGACGAGACCCACGUGGUGACCCACGACUCCCCUGAUGACGUGACUCCCGUCGUUCGUUCGACUCCCACGACGCUCGUCCCGUGCGCCGCGUGCGCCGACCGAGCCGCCCGCCUCGACGCCGUCGUCGCGGAGAAGGAUGAACUCGUUUCGGCUGCGGCGGCGUCGGCGGCGCUCGCGAAUGAGUACCGCGCGAGGAUGCACCACGCCAAACUCGACCGCGACGGCGACGGGUACGUCGGCCUGGACGAGCUGCUCCGCCACGAGCUCUUCGCGUCGUAUUCCCAAGCCGUCGUGGAGCGGAUCCACGCGUUUUUUCCAUACGGCGAUCGUCGCAAACACGGCGCGCUCGACGUGGACGACUUCGUCAAGUUGACGCGGUGGACGGAGGACAGGAGCACGAGGGACGCGCAGCGGUUCUGGUUCACGAUAGUCGACGUGGACGGUGACGGCGUGGUGGGCGCGCACGACGUCAAGUGGCUGUACGAUUCGAUUUGGAAAGGCGACGCCGGGACGUGCGUGAGUCUCGAGGAUCUGGUGUGCCAGGUCGCCGACAUGGCUGGAGUCGGAUGCGGCAAUCUGUCCGGGGGGGUCCGGGGCGGCGCGGGGGACGCGACUCGGAGGGCCUCGACGCCCCCGCGUUUCGCGCCGAGGCCGCCGGGGAGCGCCGCCGCGAGGGUGCCGACCCGGGUGCCGUCUCAACGCCCGUCCGCGCGCUCGGUCGUCGGACCCGACCUCGCGGACCUGCGCCGGUGCGGGCUCGCGCCGGGAGUCUUCGGGCUGCUCUUGAACCACGGCGACAUGCUGCUGCGCCGGUCCACCGCCGAGUUCUCCGACCGGGACGUGCCGAUGUGA